GAAGACGUGCUUAGCAACAAGCUAAGAAACCACAUCUGUGUGAACUCCGAGUCAAGUCGAGCGCGUACACACGCUGAGAGGUUCCGUCUUCCGGAGAGACAAGUUUUCGAAGACGGAGCUGACAUUUCUGGAGAAAAACGUGUUGACAAUGUCGUGAGUUCAGCUCGCUGGCCUCAAAAAAAAAAAAGACAGACAGACGGACAGACAGACAAGCGGUUCCUCUGAAAGAGAAACGAAUAUUUUAGCGAUAUGCUCGAGCGCUAGCAUGAAGCUAGCGUCUGUUGAAAAGUACGAAGUGUCUAGCUAGUAGUCGACCAUUUUCCCACUUUCAACCAUUUCCUGCGGUUGGGAUGGUGCUUUCGGACGACGGAAGUAUCCGUGCUGUGAAAGGGCUGAAGAGAGAACAGGCUGGACGUCUCUGUUGGAUUUGGACUCCAACUCUUUCAGGGAGCGGCGCUCAUGUGGAUGUGUGUUUUUGUUCUGCUGCAAGCUGACCGAAACGCGUUUUCUUUUUAAUCCUGGGGAGUUUUCUGCCUCUAGAGGAAAGGAAAAGAAAAGCACGGCAUUUACAGAAGUUUAUUCGACUGUUAUUAUUAUUAUUAUUAUUCUUGUAUAAAGCUUGCUAAGUUAGGUGUAGCAUUUCCCACAGCUCAUUGGCUUGGAGCCAGCACUAACUACACUGGCUUAGCUGAAAGGAUCUGGCCUGUAAAUACUCCUGACACUCGAGGGGAGGAAAAGACACUGUACAUGACCAUGGCUUAGUUGUGCAUUGCAUUGUGCUGGGUUCUACCUAAAGAUUCACCAGGACAGGAUUUCUAGACAUGACUUGAAGCUGUAGUGACGUUCAUAUUUGUUUGUAUUGUUAACACUUUAUUUUAUUUUAUUAUAAUUUUUUUUUUAAGAAGAACUCUUGCAAAAGCAAAAAAGAGAGAGAAACAUUUCAUGUUGUGCGCAAUAAUUCUCCACAAGCAUGAUGAUACUGAGCAGAAAACCAGAUGGCCCGGUCACAGCAGCUCGACACGGAGACGGUCUGUACGACUCUUACAUGCGCACGGACCACAUCGUGAAUGAAGAAGCAGACUUAAACGGACAGAGCCCCGGUACCCUGCCCCCAUUGCACAAACACACAGCUGUGAACAAGCCAACGAUGAAGGAUCACCUCGGAGUCCGAGGAGGUCAGAUGAAGAUGAAGUACCUGUAUGAGGAUUCGUACAACCGCAAGCCCAGUGGCAUGAGCCAGCACAACGGUACCAGCCAAACUCCUGCCAAGCCCCAGUCUGUUCUCUCCAAAGAGCGGAGCGUGGACAGCAACAGUUCAGCCAAGUCCUCUGAAAGCUCAGCAAAGCCAACCAAGCUGGGGGGUCCCCUUGUCCCAGACCAGGCAGUGAAGCAGUACAGGCAACAGCUGAGUGCACUAGAACAGCAGGAGAUCCUCGGUUAUCCUGAGAUCUACUUUGUGGGACCAAAUGCCAAGAAGAGACAAGCAGUUGCAGGAGGCUCUAACAACUCUGGAUAUGAUGAUGACCAGGGAGGUUAUAUCCAUGUGCCACACGACCAUGUUGCCUAUCGUUACGAGUUCCUAAAGGUGAUCGGUAAAGGCAGUUUCGGUCAAGUGGCGAAGGUCUAUGACCAUAAGUUACACCAGCAUCUCGCUCUAAAGAUGGUGCGCAACGAGAAACGGUUCCACCGGCAAGCAGCAGAGGAGAUUCGAAUCCUGGAACACCUGAAAAAGCAGGACAAGACUGGCAGCAUGAACGUAGUCCACAUGCAAGAGAACUUUACCUUCCGUAAUCAUAUCUGCAUGACCUUCGAGCUGCUUAGCAUGAAUCUCUAUGAACUCAUCAAGCGCAAUAAAUUCCAGGGUUUCAGUCUGCCUUUGGUACGCAAGUUUGCCCACUCCAUCUUGCAGUGUCUGGAAUCUUUGCACCGCCAUAAGAUCAUCCACUGCGAUCUAAAACCAGAGAACAUUCUUCUCAAGCAGCAGGGUCGGAGUGGUAUCAAGGUCAUUGACUUUGGCUCUAGCUGCUUUGACCACCAGCGUGUCUAUACCUAUAUUCAGUCCAGAUUUUACAGAGCACCUGAGGUCAUCCUAGGCUCACGCUACGGCAUGCCCAUAGACAUGUGGAGCUUUGGCUGCAUUCUUGCCGAGCUCCUGACUGGGUACCCUCUCUUUCCUGGUGAAGAUGAGGGUGACCAAUUGGCCUGCAUGAUGGAGCUAUUGGGCAUGCCCCCUCAGAAGCUUUUGGAGCAGGCCAAACGUGCCAAGAACUUCAUUAACUCCAAAGGCCACCCACGUUACUGCACGGUCACCACACUCAGCAACGGCACCUUGGUGCUUAACGGGAGUCGUUCACGGCGAGGCAAGAUGCGGGGUCCCCCAGGUAGCAAGGAGUGGGUGACGGCACUCAAGGGCUGUGAUGACCCCACCUUCAUUGACUUUCUGAAGAAGUGUCUGGACUGGGAUCCCACCACUCGCAUGACGCCGGUUAUGGCUUUGCGACACCCCUGGCUCUACAGGAGGCUACCCAAGCCUGUGCCUGGCGGAGAGAAGACCUUGGUACCCAAGCGGAUUACCGAGCAUAGCACUUCCUUCCCCAGCAUCGUCCCUAAGGUUCCCCCUGUAAUGGGCCCAACCAACAACAAACUGAGGACCAAAAUGAUUGGGGACACUGAUGGGAAUAUACCAUUGCGUACAGUGCUACCAAAGCUUGUUUCAUAGAGCUGAUCACCUGUUUAGGGAUAAAGACAACAUUGUAGCAAAGUUUUUAGUGGUGGAUUUAAUUUGUUUUUGUUUGCUUUUUAAAAUAAUGAGUGGCAAUACUCAGUGUUUUGAUUUCAGUUUUUAAAAACAAUGAAGCACAAAAAAGAUAAAUUUUUAUAUGGCAUUUGAAAAUAGUGUUUGUUUUCUUCAAACAGCCUUUGAAAGGGCAUUUGGAAAUGUACUAAUUUAGUUAUGAUUUUACACUUUUGUUAGGAAUGGAAUGCUUCUCAAGUGCACAAGUGGGUGAAAAUAUUAUUCUGUACCCCUAAGGGUUUUUACACUAUCUCUGCUAAGACAAACUGUUUUUUCUAAGGGCUGCCUUUUAAAUCUAUGCUGUUAAGGGCUUAGAAACAUGCUGGGUGUUUUGAAUGAUCUCCAAAUCUAAUCUAAUUUAAGACUUGUGAGAUGUAUCUACAGCAAAGAGCCUCACUGGCUUGCCAGAGGCCCCAGCAGUUCUCUGAUUUAGCAAAGAAAUGAUAUAUGUCAUUAUUUUAAUUGAUCAAUUAUUGCAAUAAUUCUGGCUUCUGAUUUUAUUCUCUCUCUGCUCAGAAUCGGGACACUAGAAGGUCGUAACUUUGCUACGUCACAUAGAAGUUCUGUCUCAUGUGCUCCAAUAGGUCAAAACAUGGUGCAUUGCCAGAAUGAACCAGGCUCUAGUCUGUCUGUAGCAGGGAGACUUUAAUUUCCUUCUUUUCUUAUCUUCCAAGAAGCGGUUGCAAAAGAUUGCCCUACAGUGAGAUAAUAAGGAACUUAGUUUGUGUCAGGAGCAGCAUAGUGCACCAGGGUUUGGUUUUUGAAAGCUGUCAGUCAGGUUGUACUUGAAAGAAAUAAGCAAGAUGACAAGCAGGGCCUGUAUGUAUGCAUUCAGGAAGUUUGCUCUUUUCGAGCAGCGGUUGUGACUUAAAUAAGGAUCGAUGUUUCUGGCCAUGUUAUCAUUUUAACCAUUUCUUGCUGGAUUUAGAUUAAGGACAAACUAAUCAGGGAGCUCUGUGUCAUAGAGCCAUAAGCUUUCCCUUCUUUUUAAAUCUCAGAAGCUGGUUAUUCCUCACUGAUUCAGCUUGGAAGCCUGCUGUUGUGUCUUCUGACACGGCUCUACACUGUGACCUGUUUUUCUUCUUUUGUUUUUGUUCUACUCUCUUCCAUGACAACACUUAAUCAUCCUCUUCAUACACUCAUGCUUUUGACUACACCACAGAGCACGUAGACAUGCAAAUGUUUUUUACUUUUAAGGAAGGGCUUUUGAUAACCGCGAACACCUGAUUUUACAGAAGCACAGCUGUUCGUUGACACUGCCAUGACUUAUCACACUUGCUGGCUGUGAACUGACACUGAAUGCUUAAAAACUCAUUGUAAUGAGGCAAACACAAUUAAUUUUUUUUUAGAAACUGAAUGGUGCUGACCUUAUGGGGCCCCUCACUUGCAUGCCGUGCCUAUAACAUGCAUCUGUGUCCUUAGGACCAAUGAGUUUAACCAUAGGUGUUGUAAAAAAACAAACUGACUGCCAUAGAGUUCUGUAUUUGUAGACCAGAGUCAAAUCACCUAUUUGUCAGGUUUUCACCUCAUCUAGGUAUGCAUGAUUACACACAGGAAGUGUAAGCUGCUACAAGCACAUGGUAUGUUCAUUCAUUUUCUAUAUUCUUUUAUCUAAAUUGGCGGUCAGCUGAAUUAAGACAGGAUGCAAACCAAGCAGGUGAACAGCUUAAUGGUCCUGUAAUGGUUCGCUCACAGCACCCUAAAAAGUUCUUCAUUCGUACCACUUCUAUUUCUACACCAUAUGGUUUCCUUUUUAGAAAAAUGUAACCAAUGACAGCAUGCAACCCAUUAUUCGAAGAGAAUUAUUUCGUUAAUUCACCAAACGAUUUCUUUCAAUAACGUAUGCUUCUGGAUAAAAUCUGUUAAAGUGUAUGGGAAAAUUAUGGAGGCAUAACAUGCAGCCUUUGUUAAUCUACCUCUUAAUUACUCAUCACAGGCUCUGGCAAGAUCUAGAACGAUCAUCGUAAAGUCAAGAUGUAGCAUCUUUCACUUCGGUGCUUCUGACUGUUCGCUUCAAUGUCUAUAUUUCCCUAAUUUCCUUCUCGUUUUUGGUGCAUGGUCCUGUCUGUUGAGAAAACUCCAGUCCUUUACCUUUAGUUGAGCGCUUGAUUAAAUCACCUUGGCUCUACACAUUGCCUCCUUACCAAAUUCUGUACCUUCUAUGAUGCUUCUGUUCCUUCUUCUUUUUUUUCUUUUUUUAAACUUCUCUCGUGUGUACUUUUUUUUUACUCUUGACGUCAUUGCCGGUUUGCAAGUCGAAAGUUUCCAAAAGAGAACAAAAUGACAAUGGUGUCAUUUCCCUACUGUGGUGUCUUUGUACCCAUUUGCAGCAUGAAUAUGAAAAUAAGUGUAAAAGGACUGAAUGAUGAGAAUUGUGUCCAUAAAAUAACCAAAUGAACUUGUAUUAGUUUUUUUUUUUUUUUUAAAGAUGAAUAAAAUAAAUAUUAACUGCAAUCCCUUUC